GCUGUCUUGGCGCACUAUUUAGUACGGUAGUGUGCGGUUUGGCCCCUGGUUUGAACAGCGUGUCAAACGGCAGCGUCAAGUCUCACACACACACUUACUUCCAGCUGGCGAAUGUGGCAGCAGCAGAAAGCCGGGGCGUGUUUCGGGAUUUGAGCAUUGACACACGUAUGCGGUGAAAAGCUGUUUAAAGAUUAUAUUUCCCCUGAUGUGUAAAUCGUAAUCGGUUACCUCGUGUCGCUCUGUAAGAAUUUAAGCUUAUUUUUUUACGGUUUAAAGAAAUCUUAGGAGAAAAUGGCGGAGGUUGCUACGGUCGGUGCGGAGAAGAGCCUCGACGACUUCUUUGCUAAACGAGAUAAAAAGAAGAAGAAGGAAAAGGGGAAAGGGAAAGAAACAGUCCCUGUGAGCGCCCCGGUCUCGCUGAAGAAGACCAAGAAGGAAAAGGAGAAGUCGAUGAAAAACGAAAACCCAGACGCGACCGUUGAGAAGGAGGAUGAGGAAUGGAAAGAGUUUGAGCAGAGGGAGGUGGACUACAGUGGCCUGAGGCUUCAGGCUCUGCAGAUAAGUGAUGAAAAAGAAGAGGAAGAGUAUGAGAAGGAAGAGGUGGGAGAGGAUGGUGAGAUCAUUCUGGUCAGUGGAGAUAAAGUAUCUGGGCCUUGGAACAAGUCCGGGCCUCCUCCACCCGCUGCCCCCGUGGAGGACAAAGAGGUUCCUGAGUCAAAACCUGCUGGUGUGUAUCGUCCCCCUGGGGCUCGGUUAGGUUCAUCAAAAAAGGCGCCAGCACCAGGGCCUCCAGAGAUCUUCAGUGAUGCGCAGUUCCCUUCACUUCUCGCAACUGCCAAACACGUGGAAACUCGCAAGGAUCGAGAGAUCGAGAAGACUUUUGAGGUGGUGAAGCACAAGAGCCGUGCCAGAGAAGGGGAAGGUUCAGGACCCGUGCAGCAUUUACAGUUAGACAACCAGUUUGCUGUUCUGGAGGACAAAUAAACGCCACCAUGUCCUCAGCCCUCAGCCCACCAGCAACGGUGCAGUCCAACCCACAGGGCAAGAUAACCUGGCUCUGUGCUGAUGCAGUCCUGAUCAUGCUGGAGAUGCAAAACACACACACACACACACACACACACACACACACACACACACACACACACACACACACACACAAAUAUAUUACAUAUACAUAUGCCAUCUAUACUACAUGCAUUUCCCCUUAUCCUCUCACAGGUCUCAAACAAGAGAUUGUUCUCACUCUAACAUACACCACGGACAUUCGGACAGUGCCCUACAGGUAUUUCACUCACUCUUGGCUGGCCAAGGUUCUCUCUUAUUGAAAACAUCUUAAAGGGCUGUGGCAAAGGGGACUGAGCGACUUUACAAUUCUCCUUCUUAUGGCAGUGGAUCAAGCAAACUUCUGCAAUGGUGGAUUUACUCAGAGCAGUGGAUGAUUGGAAAGCUGCACAACGGGGACAUCAGCUGAACUCUGAGAAAGCCCUCUUUGAGGAUGGAUUCUUUAUCAUGUGAUCAAUUGAACUUCUGUUGAAAUUACAUGCAUCUAUUUUUUUGCCUUGCUAAAUCAGCAGAACUCCUGAACGUGAAGUUUUCUUUUCAUGACGCGAGUGCGGCUGGAGUGUUUGGCUCAGGCCCAAGGAGAGGGUAAGACUACCUCAGUUGCAGAUCUGUGGUUACCCUGUAGACAGAGACCUUGGGCCUGCUCACAAUCCCAGCUGAAGAGGAGCACUUAACACUUCAUCCUAAACUUGAAAUUACUUUUCUCUCCUCUACUUUCCUCUCUUUCAGGCUCUAAAGCUUGCGGUGUUUGAAUCCAUUCUAUAAAAAGUGGCCUUACUGUAAAGAGUAAAAACAAAGAGUGAUUUGAAAUAUAUAAAUAUAUAUGAGAGAGAAAUGUCUAUCAUCCUCUGGAGAGACACUUGCUGAGUGUGUGGAAGGCUGCUGCUUGCCUCAAUUGUACCACUUCGAGGAGUAAAAACCACCUUUCUGCUUCCUUGUACUGGAUUGUAGUGCUGAAUUGUAGGUUACAUUUUUUUUCUUUCCUUUUUUUUCUGGACUCUGCUUUAGCACUGAGAUCGUUUAUUGCAACAAAAAAAAAAACAGAUUUGGUGCAAGGCUUACUAUGUUCAGAAAAAAACCCCACCCUGUUUUGAGUAAUUGUUUUCCUUCAAUGUUUCCCCUUUUCUUCUCUUUCUACCCUUUUCAGUAUACUUUUUAAUCUGAUUUCACGAUUGGCAAACCAGAAUUAAAGUGUAAAGUUCU